AUGACACUCUCAAACCUCGCAGUCCUCACAGUGCUCGCCGCAGGCCACGUCGCCGCGCACGGCUUCGUGCAGUACAUUGAAGCCGAGGGCGUGCAGUACAGGGGCUACGACCCGGGGUUCCGGUUCGUAGGGCCGCAGAGCUUUGCGGACCCGGACAUGAUCUGCCACAAGUCGGCGCGCGCCGGCCAAGAGUACGUCGCCGUGCGCGCCGGCGCCAACGUCACGCUGCGGUGGCUCACGUGGCCCGAGAGCCACGUCGGGCCCAUCAUCGACUACCUCGCGCCGUGUCCCUCGGCAGGCGGCUGCGCCGGUGCCGACAAGACGCAGCUCAAGUUCGUCAAGCUCGCGCAGCGGGCCCUCAAGCCCGGUGCCACGGCCGCCACCGACUGGCUCAAGGCGUGGGUCGUCGACGACUUCCGCCAGGACGGCUACCGGUGGUGCGUCCACGUGCCCGCGGACCUCGCGGCUGGGCUGUACGUGCUGCGCCACGAGAUCCUCGCGCUGCACAGCGCCUGGGACGUCAACGGCGCGGAGGCGUACCCGCAGUGCGUCAACCUCAACGUCACGGCCGGCGGCUCCACCGACAUCGUCGGGGGGGUGUCGCCCGUCGAGUUUUACAGUGCAGAGGAUCCCGGGAUUCAUGUUAAUAUGUAUAGCGGGUUGACCAAGUAUCCGUACCCCGGGCCGCCGCUGUGGAGGUGA